GGAGGAAGCUAGGAGCGUCGCUAUGUCCGUGAAAUGGGAACACAGCAGCUGCACUUUAAGUGGGGGUGGCAUAACGAUACCGCACCCGGAUUCGUUGCGCGCCUGGGAUGACAAUAUGUCGAUCUGGCCGAGUGUUACCUACAGUAAGAUUUGCGCUUACUUUGUAGAGUCCAUGGCAAUCGAUGGCAAAGCUAUGGAAAACCUCAAAGCCUCCGAAGCGUACCAAUAUCUACACAGCGGCAAAGUCGGAUGUGUACUAGCAUACAAACAUGAUGGCUUUGUUUAUCUGAAAGCAAACGUCGAGCCCAGCCAGUGUUUGAAUAAUUCUCCGCAUAGCGCCUGGGUGAUGCUCAACGAAAAUGGGGAUGUGCAGACCGCUGGUUGUACAUGUGUUGCUGGACCGGGACGAUCAUGUAGUCAUGCGGCUGCGAUUAUGUGGAAGGUAAGCACAAGCUAAACAUUGCGUGUUAAGUAAGAUAAGUAACAAUAGUCUUUUUAGCCUUGAUUGAAAAGAGCUAUCAGUUUGAGAUUUCUGGCUUGAAAUAGCAUAAGGUAAUAGAGUGUAAUAUGUCUAUGGGUGCUGAUAAUACAAAUGGAUUUUAUUUCCAAAGAGCAUUUCUGUAACCUAGUGAACUGUAAAUGAACAGGCUGUGUGUGAUGUAGAAUUAUGGAAAUCUGUGAACUCAUUUUAAUAUGUGUGAUCUGUGUUCUUCAUAUUCUUAUAGGUGGAAAAUGCUGUGAGGCAGGGGAAAACAGGACUUGCUUGCACAGACAGACAGAACAAGUGGAAUGCUGGUUCACAAAGGAAUGCAGGUCAAAGGAAGAUGAAAGAUGUACAAUUCAAACGACACUGCAGGCAGAAAAUCUACCAGCCAUCGACAACAAUGCAAUCCUCUACCACAACAUCCUCUACCACUACAAAUUCAAGACAGGAAGCCCGACUCUUUGGGACUCAUGAAGAGUGGAGGAAGCAUGUACUAGCUUCACCAAUGGCAGGACUUUUCACAUGCCCGGGUAGUAGCCUCCUGCAACUCUGCCUUGAUGGGGAUCCCUCUCCCACGACACCACAAUCUCCACCACUCCACAAUUUGUCCCAUGAUGACCACCACACACCACUGUCUUGUCGAAAAUGCAGAACCUUCUAUGAUGACUACGUAAACAUGCCCACAGCCCAGCUGGAGAACAUUGAGAAGCUUACAAAAGCACAAAGCAAAGUACAGGUAUGUUGGAUCAAUAACAUACAAUGGUUUUGUCCUCACAGAUAUAUGAAAAUAUGUUUUGCAUGUGUAAAGAAAUUAAAAAAAAAAUUUUUUUUUCAUCCCUUACAGCUCUGGCAUGAUAUGCGUAGAGUGCGCAUUACAGCAAGCACAGCUAGAAAAGUGCCAAUUCGCUCAACCACCUCACCUGAGAAGUUUUUAUCAGAGCAUCUAUAUCCAACCUUCCAUGGCAAUGCUGCAACACGCCAUGGAGCAGUGAGUGAAGAACACGCAAGGCAAUUUUUAAAUACACAAGGCCAUACCAUUGAAAACAAAGGCCUUGUGGUGUGCCCAGCCAAACCAUGGCUCGCAGCAAGUCCAGACGGAGUGAUGAACAAAGAGAUGCUGCUGGAGAUCAAAUCACCUGUGCUGGGGAAGAAGUCGCUCAGAGAGGCACUGGCUACGAAGAAUGCUGAAGUCACACCCCUAGCCGACGGACAUUACCUCCUUGCCUCCAAUGGUCCUAAAGGCUACUACAUGCAGGUGCAACUGGGCAUGCACUGCACAGGGCUUCCACGUGCAUUGUUGGUGAUCUGGAACAACACCGAACACAUAGAAAUCCAAGUACCUUAUGACAAACACUUCCUUCAGACGCAUAUUACAAGGCUGCGCACAUUCUACUUCACUCACAUGCUUCCUAAAAUCGUUGAUGAUUUUGUCAAGGGGCGCUUACAGUUGUGCAAUACAUAUCUCACUCUUAAAUAAGCAAUGCACACAAACAACUUUCAGGUUGAUUCAACUCUUGUUCUAAGAGCUAAGCUCUUACUGUGACUGAAAUGCUCGAAUUGUGCAAUAUGUUCAUUGUUUAAUACAAUUUGAUUCAACUCUUGUUCUAAGAGCUAAGCUCUUACUGUGAAAUGCUCGAAUUGUGCAAUAUGUUCAUUGUUUACUUCAAUUUGAUUCAACUCUUGUUCUAAGAGCUAAGCUCUUACUGUGAAAUGCUCGAAUUGUGCACUAUGUUCAUUGUUUACUUCAGGUUUAAGCUGUGCAAUGUUAUAUACUGUGUAAUUAGUCAUUGUACCUGUGUUCUUUUUAAGUUUAAUUGCACCAUUGCAUUAUUGCAUUAAAUGGACCACG